CAGGAGAGAGACGGGACUAUCUUGGAUCCUCUGGGGAGCCUCAACAUGAAGCUGACGAGGCAGAGAAGAGUCUCUCCACAUCAGAACAUCUCAAAUACCAGCAGAGACCCACAGGGAUGAAACCUCACCACUGCUCUGUCUGCGGGAAGAGUUACUCAAGAUCAGAUUCACUAAAAGCACACCAGAGAAUUCACACUGGAGAGAAACCUUAUAGCUGUUCUCAAUGUGGGAAGCGUUUUACUACAUCUAGCCGUCUGACUAUACACCAGAGAACACACGCAGGAGAUAAAUCUUUCCACUGCUCAAACUGUGGGAAGAGUUACUCAAGAUUAGAAUCACUAAACGCACACCAGAGAAUUCACACUGGAGAGAAACCUUAUAGCUGUUAUCAAUGUGGGAAGAGUUUUACUACAUCUAGCAAGCUGACUAUACACCAGAGAACACACACAGGAGAGAAAUCUUUCCACUGUGCAGACUGUGGAAAGAGUUUUCUUAUAUCAGGACAUUUAAAAUCACACCAGAGAAUACACACAGGAGAGAAGCCUUACAGCUGUGAUCAAUGUGGGAAGAGUUUUAGUCACUUAAGCAGCCUGAUAGUACACCAGAGAAUACACACAGGAGAGAAACCUUAUAGCUGUGAUCAUUGUGGGAAGAGUUUUACUGAAUCUAGUCAGCUGACUAGGCACCAGAGAACACACACAGGAGAGAAAUAUUUUAGCUGUGAUCAAUGUGGGAAGAGUUUUACUGAAUCUAGUAACUUGACUAAGCACCAGAGAACACACACAGGAGAUAAACCAUUUAGCUGUGAUCAAUGUGGGAAGAGAUUUACUGAGUCUAGUAACUUGACUAAGCACCAGAGAACACACACAUGAGAUAAAUCUUAUAGCUGUGAUCAAUGUAGGAAGAGUUUUACUGAAUCUAGUCAGCUGACUAUACAUCAGAGAAUACACAGGAGAGAAAUCGAACAACUUCUCUGACUGUGGAAAGAGUUUGGUUUUGUCAGGACUUUUAAAAUCACACCAUAAAACACACAGGAGGGAAGUCACAUAGCUGUGAUCAAUGUGACAAGAGAUAAUCUGAUAAAAGAUCUCUGAUUAAACAUCAGAAAAUUCAUACAUUAAGUUUUUACAUGAUAUCAAUGAAAUAAUGUCACAAUGUAGAAUGUUUUAACAUUGUAGUAGAAGUAUUUUAAUUAAUAAUGUCACAAUGUAGAACCCUAAAUGUUUGCCCAUUGUUCUAUUGAUUUCAGAAUGAUAUGGAUAUUAGCCUCAUCAGGGGAAAAUCCAGGCUCUGAAUUGAAAGAGUACUAUUUAUGUGAUUUAACAAAAAAAACGGUUAUUUUGUUUUACUAUUUUAGUUUAUUUGAUCCUCUUUUGUUUUUAUUUUCAUAUUUCAUUGUUUUUAUUCGUCCAUGUCUGAAAUGUGCUGUAUAAAUAAAGCUUGAUUUCAUUUUAAUAUAUUGCAAAACAAAUUAACCCAAUGACCGACUUCAAUGAAUCCAAUGUCAAUUUAUGACCAAUUCAGUGCAUUUUUGUUGAAAAGGAAAAAUGUUGAAAUCAACAAUACGUCAAAUGAUUCAACUACUGAAAACUGAAACAAACAAAUGGAUCAAACAGAUCAACUUCACAUUUCCAGCCUGCUGAAGGUGUGGUGGAGUGGUAAACACCACCCCCGGCUCUACCAGGGGCUUGAGGUGGUCUCCCACAGCUCUGCUUAUGUCAUGUUCUGUGGCCUUGCUGUUCCAUUUCUUGACAGCAGAAAACAGAAAGAAACACUCAAAGUAAUGGAUAUGGAGCAUCUACGGCCUCAGUUACACCCCACAGUUAAUUGUGACAUCUGUCAUCCGAUCACUCCAAGCUGCAUUCGGUUUAGAUCUGCCGGGAUGGGCGUUGUGUUCGGAAUUUGAGUCUGGCCACCGACUAUGACAGUCUGGACGCAGUCAGGCCACCAUGUCAGCAUAACCAAUGUAAAGAGACAAGGUGAAUGAGUGGGGAAAAGUAUGUUUUACACAAAUUGCCUUCAUAAUAACAAAGAACAAAUGUAUGUGCAUGAGGGGAUAUUAACUUUUCAUACAGCCAAAAGGGUGAGAAAUUACACCAAUAUCAGUGGACA